CUCUCGUGUAUGCAUCUAAGGCCUUGCUAACAAGCUCUUGAAUGGUCCCAUUUAGUUUGGAUCGCAUUUGUCGGGCCUUUGAUCUUGUUAUUGGGCCUUGUGGCAAUUUGAGCCCAUCACGUUCUUGAACUUGGAUUGGGCCUUUAUGACUCGUAUCACUGUCUCCACAUUUAAGCUUACAGUUGAUCAAUUGAAUGCCCUGAAAGCCAAAGCUGCUGCAAACAGUAGUGGUACAAAGUAUAGUAGUUACAACAUCUUGGCUGCACAUAUAUGGCGCUGCGUAAGUAAAGCAAGGGGUCUCUCAGAUGACCAACCUACCAAGAUGUACUUUCCAGUUGAUGCUCGAUCUAAAUUGAAUCCUCCUCUCCCACCAGGCUACUUCGGUAAUGCUAUCUUUAUAAAUGCACUCGUUACUCAAGCUGGUGAUCUCAACACUGAAUCCUUUCUUGAUACUAUUAAGAGGAUCCAUGAAGGGUUAAAGAAGAUUAAUGAUGAAUAUUUGAGGUCAGCUCUUGAUUACAUUGAAACAGUGUCUGAUUUAAGCACUUUGGUUAGAGGGCCGCACACUUUCCGAUGCCCAAACCUCGCUGUAAACUCUUGGUUGUGGUUGCCUAUGUAUGAAGCAGAUUUUGGAUGGGGUCGCCCCAUUCAUACGGGGCCAGCAGAUGUCAGUCAUGAAGGCAAGGUUUUAAUAUUACCAACUCCCAUUAAUGAUGGGAGCUUGUUAGUGGCAACUCGCUUGGGGAUUUCUCACAUGUCAUGUUUUGAGAAACUCCUUUAUGAGUUUUGA